AGCACUCCAUCUUCGUCCUCUUCCUCGUCACCGCAUGGCUCAAAGUUGUCCAAAUUCCUGGCAAAACAGAGCCGGGAUAGGUCAAAAUCUAUGACAGAUCCAAUCGCAGCCGCCAGCACUGCGUCUAUCGCCAGCUCAAGUUCGUCCAACUGUACGUCCGUCAGCAGCCCACCACUUUCACAAUACAGCUCGCGAAAGAGCGGUAGAUUUGGUGGUGGGAACGCUAGUAACAAUCUUAGAGACGACAAGCCAAGUAGCCCGCAGCCUGACCCUGAUAGUGAACAGGAGGACUCAUUUGACGAAACACCUGUUAUUAUCGAGCCUGCGGAUAUUGUACGCUCACGGAAUCGCUCAGAACGCCCUCUCAGCACCAUUUCUGACAUGCAUCCUUCUUCAUCCAUGUACGCUUCAACAUCAUCCACACGUAUAUCGGAUCUCCCUACACGGCUAUCCGGAUGGCUAUCACAUACUUUUACCAACUCAUCAACAGACCUGUCUCUUCCGUCAAUACUCUCGCAGUCCAAUUUUAACUCCCAGGCAUCCCCUAAGACCAAGAGCUCAGCCUUACUCACAGCCGCGAAGCACGGCAAAGGACAUCUCGAUCGCGCAAUGCGCUUUUUGCUGGAUAGUGACUCUAUCCCUAACAAAUCUUCAGAGCCUAUCUGGCUCCUUGGUGUACAACAUUCAGGAUAUGAACCUCCACCUACCCCUAGCCGCCGCCCUUCUGUCGAAUCUCGCCGCUCUCCAUCGUUCCGUUCUACCACAUCAUCCUCAGCCACAGUUUUACCUGACCCCUCUCUGUCUCUUUCUUCAUCUUCUUCCAAAAACCCUGCCAACAAUUGGCCACCUGUUUUCUACGCUGAUUUUACGUCACGAAUAUGGCUAACAUACCGUAAUCAGUUCGCUCCUAUACGCGACUCCACACUCUCGGCUUUAGAGUCGGAUAUAACUUGCUGCGAGCCACAGCCUGUGUCUUCGAGUCCGCGCCCUAAGAGGUGGCAUUGGCCAGGCGGGGGUGAGAAGGGCUGGACGAGUGAUGCAGGGUGGGGUUGUAUGCUCCGGACAGGUCAAUCACUAUUAGCAAACACCCUCUUGCAUUUGCACUUAGGUCGAGAAUGGCGCCGUCCUCCAAACCCAGUACACACAAAUGAUUAUGCCACAUAUGUCCAGAUCAUUACAUGGUUCCUCGACUCGCCUCUCCCUCAAGCACCUUUCAGCGUACACCGCAUGGCCCUUGCUGGAAAGGAGCUGGGCAAAGAUGUUGGGCAAUGGUUCGGGCCUAGCACUGCUGCAGGCGCCAUAAAAACGCUUGUACAUGCCUUCCCAGAAGCUGGCCUUGGUGUCUCCGUUGCAACUGAUAGUGUGAUUUAUCAGUCUGACGUAUACGCCGCGUCAAACGUGCAUAUUGGUUCGCCCCGACGACAUAUGAGAGCCGCCUGGGGCGAACGCGCAGUCCUUGUGCUCAUCGGUAUCCGUCUGGGUAUUGACGGUAUUAACCCUAUCUACUAUGAGACUAUCAAGGCGCUCUUCACCUUUCCACAAAGCGUGGGCAUUGCCGGCGGGCGCCCCUCUUCCUCAUACUAUUUUAUGGGCUCACAGGCUGACAAUCUCUUCUAUCUCGAUCCGCAUCACGCUCGAAUCGCCGUACCCCUCCGCCCAGCACCUCCGCAUGACUUUAAACGCGGGAUGACCCCAGAUUCGGGCCGUCCGCGCACCUCCCACCACCGCGCGCCUACCUCGCCUUCAAGCGUGCGCACGGGGAGCUCAACAUUCUCUUACCACGCACCACUGUCGCCUUCACCGCUGCAGCAUCAACUCAGCGCGAGCUCGAAUACGUCUGGCUCAUCUGGCUCGCAUCUGCCACGCUGGGCAAAUGCGAGCAUACCAACACCACUUGGAGGGUCAGAGCUCAACCCACGAGAACUGAGUACGGAGAACACCAGCGACCUGGGUCCAGUUGCAGAGCACUACGUGACGCAGUACUCCCCUUCUGAGCUGCAGACAUUCCAUUGCGACCGCGUACGGAAGAUUCCCCUCAGUGGACUCGACCCAAGCAUGUUGCUUGGGUUCCUUUGCAAGGACGAGACGAACUGGAUUGAUCUCAGGAAGCGUUUGAUGCACAAGCACAAGCCGAUAUUCACGAUCCAGGACGAGCCACCGUCAUGGCCAUCCGAUUCGGACGAAUUCAUGGGGCUCGAAUCGAUCUCGGAGCCAGAUAUCGAUAUGGAAUUUGACGGAGAUGGUGUGGAACGCGAUGACCAAGAACAGCCUGAGAACGAAGACCAGUUCUUUGAUACUCGCUCUGCCUCUCACUCACCUGUCCCAAAAGGUCAGGGCUCAGAAAAUGACACGGAGGAGGAUCCAAUGGGGCCAAUCACCCCUGGCCCCAAUUCCAUGCUUGAGGCGGACACACCAGACAAGGCGAAGGAGCAUGUGGACGAUUUUGAGGAGAUUAGUGCUGAGGACGAGGAUGAUGAUGAGGACUGGGUCGAUCCUUCGCUACCCACGCCUCUGGCGCUGUCCAUACAGCGCCCUUUUGCGCCCCCUCUUGGGAAAUCGAUAUCGACGAGCUCCACAAGCAGUGGUGGAAGUGCGGGGAAAGAGAAGACCAAGAAGUUGUCUGGGAGGAAGAAGAAGACGGCGGUGCUAAUGAAGGCGCCGGUGAAGGCCGAUGUGCAUUUCCCGUUCCCGCGGUCGCUGGAGGAGAGCGUGCAUGAUGGGGGACAUGGGUCCGAAGCAGAGCCAUAUGAGAGGCGAAUGAACAAUGCACGUGCGAGAGACGGGGGGCGCACCGAGAGCGGGGGCGUCAAAGCUGUUUUGACGGAGGAUAUG